AACUUACCACCAGGAUCACUGAGCUGCUGAGCGGAGAGGUUCCUCUAAGGUGUCAGGAUGUCGCUGUCUAUUUCUCCAUGGAGGAGUGGGAGUAUUUAGAAGAACACAAGGAUCUGUACAAGGACAUCAUGAUGGAGAAUCACCAGUCCCUCUCAUCACCGGGAGAUGGCGGGAUGAGCGACUCCCAUGGACAUCUCUAUUUAUCUUCCUAUCAUGAAGUAGAAGAAAACAGUAGCGUACAAGAUAAUUUAAUAACUCCUAAUGUACCCUCAGUCCUUCACAGCAGAGAUAUAUCCAUCGAUACCGCUGGUCACAAGAAACCUUCAUCUAAUCAAUCACUGAUUGGCAAACAAAAAACUGGACAUAGAUGGGAGGAAAUAUUUUUGCAUGGUAAACAUUCAAAUCAUAAAUCUAACCUUUCUUUGCAUGCGAGAAAUUGCAGAGAUAAAUGGCCAUUUUCAUGCUCAGAAUGUGGGAAAUCUUUUACCAAGAAAUUCAUUCUAGUUGGACAUCAGAGAACUCACACAGGAGAGAAGCCAUUUUCAUGUUCAGAAUGUGGGAAAUGUUUUAGUCAGAAAUCAUAUUUUUAUAAACAUCAGAGAAGUCACAUAGGAGAGAAACCAUUUUCAUGUUCAGAAUGUGGGAAAUAUUUCAUUCAAAAAUCGGAUUUUCAUAGACAUCAGAGAACUCACACAGGAGAGAAGCCAUUUUUAUGUCAUGAAUGUGGGAAGUGUUUUAGUCAAAAAUCUGAUCUUGAUAAACAUCAGAGAACUCACACAGAGGAGAAGCUAUUUUCAUGCUCAGAAUGUGGGAAACGUUUUAGUCAAAAAUCAGAUCUUGAUAAACAUCAGAGAUCUCAUACAGAGGAGAAGCUAUUUUCAUGCUCGAAAUGUGGGAAAUGUUUUAGUCGGAAAUCAGAUCUUGAUAAACAUCAGAGAACUCAUACAGGGGAGAAGCCAUUUUCAUGUACAGAAUGUGGGAAAUGUUUUAGUCGGAAAUCAUAUCUUGUGAGCCAUCUAAAAUUCCACUUAGGGGUGAAGCUAUUUUCAUGCUCAGAAUGUGGGAAACGUUUUAGUCAAAAAUCUGAUCUUGAUAAACAUCAGAGAACUCAUACAGGGGAGAAGCCAUUUUCAUGUACAGAAUGUGGGAAAUGUUUUCGCACAAAAUUAUAUCUUAGUAGACAUCAUAGAGCUCACACAGGAGAGAAGCCAUUUUCAUGCUCAGAAUGUGGGAAAUGUUUUAACACAAAAUUAUAUCUUAGUAGACAUCAUAGAACUCACACAGGAGAGAAGCCAUUUUCAUGCUCAGAAUGUGGAAAAUGUUUCAUUCAAAAAUCAGAUCUUGAUAGACAUCAGAUAACUCACACAGAAGAGAAACCAUAUAUAUGUCCUGAAUGUGGGAAGUGUUUUCGUCGGAGAUCAUAUCUCACGGACCAUCUAAGAAUUCACACAGGAGAGAAUCUAUUUGUAUGUCCUGAAUGUGGUAAAUGGUUUAGCCGGAAAUCAAAUCUGGGGGAACAUCUAAGAAUUCACACAGGAGAGAAGCCGUUUUCAUGCUCAGAAUGUGAAAAAUGUUUUACCCAUAAAUCAACUCUUCUUCAACAUCAGAGAACUCACACAGGGGAGAAGCAAUUGUAAUGUUUAGAUUGUAUGAAAUGUUGCAGGUGUGGACCUGUAGGACCUGCUGCCUAACAGUGCCUUCUGAUGUAUAUGUUAUAUUACAUGAACCUUAUACACCAAACUAUACAAUAUAACAAAGAAUACAAGUCACAUGUCC